CUGCCUGCCACAGGAAGCCCCGCCAGCGGCCUCCGAGGGCCCCGCAGGGCGAGCCACAAGGCCGAGCAGGUCCAGGUGUCUGCUGAUCCAGGCUAUUUGGACACCCUGACUCAGGUUCUGGGGACCCUCCCACCCCCCCAAGGGGGCAGAAUGGAGUUAGAGGAGGGUUACAAUGGAAGUUCAGCCCUGGGAGCUCAAGGGGGCGCGGCUAUGUCCAUCAUUGGUGCAGAAGAUGAGGAUUUUGAAAAUGACAUUGAACCUUUCCAGCAUCCGGACACUCAAACCAGUUUGUUCCAAAACCUGGAGAUCUUGAUGAAGCAUCCUGCCUACCUGAUGGUUUUUAUACAACAUGUGGUGUUGCAGUUUGACUCAAGCCCUGUGCUCUGUUACCUGCAUGUGGACCUCAUUCUAAACCGCCUCGGGCCCAAGGAAGCCAAGAAGCAAUUCGUGGAUUUUUGUCAUGCCUUCUUGGACAAAACUGGGCUGCUGCGAGUCCCUGUUCCGAAUGCUGUGCAAUUUGAACUGGACCGAAACAGACCGGAUCUCAUCCCGGAAGACCAACUGAAAAAAUAUUUGCAGGACAUCCAAUCCUUUCAAGAGGUGGAGAUCUCCCAGCAGUUGGAAGAUUUCAGGGAAAAACGGAAAAUGGGAAUGACCCCAGGAGAGAAGGAGCUUUUUGAACUGGAAGGCUAUCGGACCAAGGACAAAGGCAUCAGGGAGGCCAAAGAGAAACAGCUGGCCGAACAGCUGAUGGCCAAACUGGAGGAGAUGCACCUCACCAUUUCUGCCGACGAGGAAAAAAGCUCUGCCAUAUAUACUGCCAUUGUCACAUAUAUGAAGCAUCUGGGGGUUAAGACCAAGACAGCUGAUAACAAGAAGUCGAAGGCUAACUUUUUCCGCAAAAAGAUUUCCAAGAAACCAGAGGAAGCUCUCAAACCAAAGAAAGGCUUCAGCAUUUUGGACCCAGCCCGCUGGAACCGUGGGGAUUCCCAUUAUUCUGAUUACAGACAGCCCAAACCUGAGGGUGAAGCAGCUGAGAAGACACCAGCCUUGGACAAAAAAGCCAAGUUAACAGAAGGAACGUCUGGGCGUAGCAAAGGGACCCCUUCGAUGCAAGAUCCCUCUGGUGUGUCCGUCACUGUGCAUCCCCCACCUGGAGAGAGCAAUGAUGCAGAGCAGGGGUUGGACAGUCCAGCUCUAGCUGAUUCGGGAGAUUCACCAGUUGCUGAACAAGCCGUGGCUGGAGAGCAGCUCUCGCUGGAUGAAAGCGCCGAAAAUGAAAGGCUGCCAGGGAAGUUGGGCCGCUCGGAGAGCCUGCGGGUUUACGAGCGGAAGCGGUCUCAGCGAGGCUCAGCCAAAGGCAAACAGCCACGUUCGCGGAGCGAUGUGGACAUCGAAGCCGCGGCCCGGGCCAACGAGCUGGAAGAAAAACCAACUCUAGAACAGGCUCGGCAGAAGCAGGGAAGUCGCAAUUUGGAGCCCGGAGGGGCCGGGGGAGGGGAACCCCCGCCGUCCUUUCUGCUUCCCCAGUCUGAGGAGUUUGAGCCGCGUGUUUCGGAACUGGAACUGGACCCGCCAAACUGGCGGGAGCUUGUCCCCCCCGACACCCUCCUCAGGCUGAAGAAAAGUGAAGUAAAGCGGCAAGAAGUGAUCAACGAGCUGUUUAUCACAGAGCACGCCCAUCUGCGGAUGCUCCGGGUGUUGCUUGAGGUUUUCUACCAGCCAUUGUUGACCGAGGGAUUCUUCACCGAGAGCGAACUGGUGAACAUUUUCCCCAGUCUGGAGGACUUGAUCGACGAACACAAAGUUUUUCUGGAAAACAUGAAGAGGCUGAGGGAGGAGAAUAAUUUGAUUGUCUCCGAAAUUGGAAGCACUCUGCUGGCUAGAUUCGAUGGGUCUGAAGGAAACUGGUUUCAGAAGAUCUCCUCUCGGUUCUGUAGCCGCCAAUCCUUUGCAUUGGAACAGCUGAAGGCAAAGCAGAAGAAAGAAACUCGUUUCAACCAGUUCAUCCAGGAAGCAGAAAGCAAACCUCGAUGCCGGCGAUUACAACUGAAGGACAUCAUUCCUAUUGAGAUGCAGAGGCUAACCAAGUAUCCAUUGUUGCUCCACUCUAUCGCCAAAUGCACCGAGGAAGCUGAGGAGCGUCAGAAGGUGGAAAAGGCGGCCGAAUGUUGUCGUCAGAUCCUCAACCACGUCAACCAAGAAGUCCGCGUUAUGGAGAAUUUACUGAAACUCAAAGACUAUCAGCGGCGUUUGGACCUCUCCAAUCUUAAACAAAGCACAGAUCCCCUGCUGAGUGAAUUUCGGAACACAGAUAUCACCAAGCGAAACCUUGUGUACGAGGGACCCCUGACAUGGCGAGUUACCAAGGAUAAAUCAGUAGAUGUUCACGUCCUCUUGCUGGAUGAUAUCUUGGUCCUUCUCCAAAAGCAGGAAGAGCGCCUGGUGCUCAAGUGUCACAGCCGCACAAUCACCCCAACCCCUGACGGGAAACAAAUGCUGUCCCCCAUCAUCAAGCUCAAUUCUGCCAUGACCCGUGAAGUGGCCACAGACAUCAAAGCUUUCUACGUGAUCUUCAGCUGGGAGAACGGAGCUCAGAUCUAUGAACUGGUGGCUCAGACCGUGUCGGAGAGAAAGAACUGGUGCAACAUAAUUAGCGAUACUGCCGGUUCACUGAAACUACCCGCUUCCAGUGCCAAACCUCGGCUUUCGGUAACAAACCGAAUCUCACCACAUAGUCCCAGCUACUAUUCAGAAACACUCCUGGGUGGAGCAGAAAAUGGCGGCCCCCUCAAGGAGGCACUGCAGUCAGAGGAACAAGAAAAAGAUGGAAUGCUAGAAGGUGGAGAGUUUGAGGAACGGAACCCUGUUGGUGGAGCAAAGAUGGACAAAGUGGUGGAGACCUUCAUGACUGACCUACAGACGUUCUGCAGAUCUCCACCUCCUGGCCAGGCCUCUCUAGCCUCUUCUGCACAGGACCGAGUUUUGGCCCUGAAGAGGCUACUCCAGAUACCGGACGAAGGAGAGGCCCUCUUUCCCGUAGAACCUACAGAUCUUUCUCCAGAGAAUGGAGGCCCCCAGGAGGGAGAAGAGGAAUGGAAUGGGACGUUCAGGAUUGAAGGAGAUAACAGCAGGAGGCUUCCAGCAUUUAUCUCCACAGCAGGUUCUUUGAACGGCCCUCCAGAUCCAGAGUGGAGUUCUGAACACCUGGAUAAGGAAAGUCCCCGUUUCUCCAUCGUUCUGUCCCUCCAGCAAUCUGACGGAGUGAAGCAUCACUUAAAGCUUCUAGAAGAUGCAAUUCAGGGUCUGAAGGAUAUAGAAACAGAAUACUGGAGGCUUCAGCAGCUGGUGGGGAAGUUUACGUCAUCUCAACAAUCUGGUUCCACAUGAGACUUGGCCAAGCGAGGCCUUUUGGAAGCAAAUGAAGGAAGAGACUGGGCUAAUCCGUUUAUCCUGCCAGCACGAGGCAACCCCACGGGGAUCUAAGCUACUGCUUGAUUUGUAUAGGGAGCGAUGCUGUGGAUUUUGUACAUAGAAUUUUCUGCCUAAAACACAUUAUAAGGGGAAAUGUUUAGAGCACGGGUAUCCAAUAUUCACAACUUUUAAGACCUUGGGGACUUCAACUCCCAGAAUUCCCCAGCCGGCCAUGCCGGCUGGGGAAUUCUGGGAGUUAAAGUCCACACACAUCUUCAAGUUGCCAAGGUUGGACACCCCUGAUUUAGAGGUCGAAGCAUCUUAUUUAGAAAAAGUCCUGCAAAACCUUUCAGGUC